AUGCUAGUUGAUGCCCACUGUCAUUUGAGCUACCACUGCUCUGCUACUGAUGAGCAGUUGCGUAGUAGUCAUCUUCGAUGCGUUAUGUCUACCAAUCAUAACGACUGGCAAGCGUUGAAGAAAAUAAAGGUCGAUGGAGUCAAGAAAAGCUUCGGGAUUCAUCCCUGGUAUUCUCAUCUAUUCACAUUGGAGCAUGUUGACAAGAGGUCUCACUACGAGCAAGUUUUAGAGUGGAAGGAUCAGGAUGACUUCAAUGCCAUAGUGGAAGUGUUACCGGACCCGAUGCACUUAGAUACCUAUAUUGCAAAAGAGUACGAUUCUCAGUCGGUAACGGUAAUUGGUGAAAUCGGCCUCGACAAACUGUUUCGAUUACCCAAGAAUACUGGAUUUUAUAUCGAAGGAGGUGGUCCAUUGAGUCGUAUUAGAGUUAAAAUGUCACAUCAAGUUGCCGUCUUCACAAGAUUUUGUCAAUUGGCCAGACAAUGUGGGAAACCUGUUUCUGUACAUGGUGUUAAAUGCCAUGGACUCCUUUACGACGUCUGUCGUCAAGAGUUGAUGCCACAUGAUGUGAAAAUAUGCCUUCAUUCAGUGACAGCAUCGUUAGACACUUUACAGAUUUGGAUUAAAGAAUAUGGCAGAUCAACGUUCUUUAGCCUUUCAAAAUGGAUUAAUUUCAAAGAUUCUGAUGAGGGCAAGAACUUGGUAAAGAUGCUACCCUUGAAAUGUAUACUCACAGAAACAGAUUUCCCCAUAGACAAAUGCCACAAUAGUGAGUUGGCAGACCAACUCGAUUGCAUCUGUGAUCAAAUUGACUCUGCUCUUGACAAUACUGUAGAUGUUCGUCAACUUGUUUAUACCAAUUUUUGUAGAUUUAUAGAAUAG